AUGCUGGCGGAGCAGCAAAAGCUUAUUCACCAGGGCAAGAUUUUGGUCGACGAGACACACGUGAAGGACAUUGGCAUUAAGGAGGGGGAGUUCGUGGUGGUCAUGGUGGCCAAGGCUGUGGCCGGGCAGCAGCUGCGACAGUUGUUGGCGGCACAGCAGCGGAGUCGUGGGAGCCCCAGCAUCGCGAGGACCGUCCAGCAGCUGAUGGAGAUGGGCUUCGACAGACCGCAGGUUGAGCGAUGUUUGCAGGCAGCUUUCGGAAAUCCUGACCGGGCUGUUGAGUAUUUGAUGAGUGGAAUUCCUGCUGGGGUCGGCAUGGCAGCACCCGAAGCGGAGGGCGGCGAGCCAGCACCGACCACUCCGGGAGGCGAGGCUCCAGCUCCGGCUACGGGCGGGGGCCCGGCUCCGGCCAUGACAGGGGCCUUUCCGGCCAUGCCACCACCUGGAGCCGGUCGUGGAGGUGGAGGCGGAGGCGGCGGCGGAGGAAAUUUAGCAGCAUUGGAGGAGCUGAGAAACCACCCGCGCCUUCCCGAGUUGGCGGCUGCGGUGGCUGCUGAUCCGAAUGUCUAG